AAUAGGUCAAUAGAAAUGUCAGAUUUAGUUCUUUUGUUAUAUUUCCUUUUAAAAAAUUUUAAAACCCACAAAUAAACUUAAAUAUUAAGUGUAUAAUCUAACAGAAUGUAUCAAAUUACUUUUGUAUGUUUCAGUGACACGCUCUUUCGAUUCUAUUAAAUUAACCUCAAAUAUCAGAAAAUGGCUAGCAAUAUUCCAGAUUUUAACUAUUGCUGUGAAAUUUGCGGAUUAGAUGGUCUUAGCGAGGACGAACUUCGAGUUCAUACGCAUACCGCCCAUGUAGAAGGUUGUGGUGUUUGCCCUUUUUGCGAACUGACUGCAGUGAGCCCUGCAGAGCUUAUUAUCCACGUAAACCAAGCUCAUUUAGACUUUUUAACGCCCGAAUCUGAACAGAAUAUAAGCUUUAUUGAUGAUACUAGUCCUAGUGAAUUGAAUGGGUUUACUGAAGAACAACACUGGAAUAAUCCAGGAACGUAUUCAAAUAAAGAUAGACCGGAAAGUAAAGUCAGCGUUUCAAACAUAAAUUUGAGCCCAAAAGUAAAUGGCGGUGGAGAGAUAAGUCCUCAAAAUUCUAGCCAUGGUCAGGGAUCUCCAUUGCGUUCUAAUUUAGCUCUAAAGUUGAAAAGUUCUUCGCAAAUUUUACAAUGUCCUAUGUGUAAUUAUACAAGUAAUAAUCCUAAUGAUUUGGAAGAACAUGUAAAUAGGUAAUGUUUUUGUAU